GACAAACAAAAAAAAGAAGAGAUGUCACUGUGUUGGCAAGAAUCUUCCUCCCAUCGGCUGUAAAAACCUCGCGUCCUGAAGCGAGUACUUUACGCAAUUUUGUUUUAGUAAUUUCUCCCCAAAUCCAAAUUCUUCACUUUAAAAAAAAAAACUGGCUACAGAAAACUCUAUAUCCUCUCCUCAGUAACCGCAUUGAGCUGGUUUUAGUAUUUUUUUGCUGAUGAAUGAUUGGGGUCAGAAACAAGUUGUCUGUGCUGAAAAUGAAGAACUCGUGUUAUUUCUCAAGAAGAAGAGGCAAGAAAUGGCGGAAACAGAAGAAAUUUCUAUAAGAAUAGAUUCCACUCUUCGUAAAGCAUAUUCAAAUGUUUGCAACACAAAAACUCGUAUCAAAACCCUAAAGGAGUUCUCUCAGAUUAAGGGCGUAGGAAAAUGGAUUCUGAAGAUUAGUCAAGAAUUUUUCGAGAUGGAUUCCGGAACUUCUGAAACUCAAGAGAGUUUGCAACAAGGAAAGAAAACUAAAGGGAAUAGGCGCUAUUUACCGCAAAAGAAUUCUGUAGCCUAUGCAUUAUUGAUUACCCUUUAUAGAGGAACUUUAGAGGGAGUUAUAUCUAUGAGGAAACAACAACUUAUUGAUGCAGCUGAGGCUAGUGGUCUUUCGCGGGUGCCAAUUAUGCCAGAGAAGAGAAGAGGCAUACCUACGCAAAUUGGAAGUUCAGGUAGGGAGUGGUACAGUGGAUGGAGCUGCAUGAAGACAUUGUUAACAAAAGGAUUAGUUAUCAAGUCCAGUUGUCCAGCAAAGUACGCAUUAACCCAGGAAGGUGUAAAAGUUGCUCUUGAAUGCCUAUCUAGGUGCGAUUUAGUUGAUUGCAAUGAUUUGGGCACAUCUAAAAAAGAUUCAAGUAAAUCUUUUUUGAAUGAAUCUGUGCGUAAGUCUGAAGAAGAAGUUAUAGUGCUAUCUAAUGAUUCAAAUACUCAAGAGAAAUCAAUUGUCGUAGUACCAGUUGAAGUUGUUGAGAAGUUGAAUGGUAUGCAUGCAAAUAUGAAUGCUAUAAGGAUGCCGCCCCUGAAAUUUGGGGAGAGAUUUAAGGAUGUUUAUAAUGUAAUCUUGAUAUUGGAUGACCGAGAGCAGUUCGCGAAAACUAACAAGUGGGCUAGGUCGAAAAAGAUUAUUGAGAAUAUAGGCUCUGAAUUUCAAAUCCGUGUAGAGGUUCGACACUUACCUAUUGGUGAUGCAAUAUGGAUUGCUCGGGAUAAGCACCUAAAAUACGAAUUUGUCCUUGACUGUAUUGUUGAGCGGAAGGAAGUUGAUGACUUUUGCAUGUCAAUCAGGGACAGCCGGUACAAAGAUCAGAAACUGAGGCUCCUGAGAUGUGGCUUUAAAAAGCUUAUAUAUCUGGUGGAAGGCGAUCCGAAUUUUUCCGAAGCAGCCGAGGCCAUCAAAACUGCUUGCUUCACAACUGAGAUUCAUGAAGGAUUUGAUGUUCAAAGGACGACUGGCUUGCUUGAUACCCUAAGGAAGUAUGGUUAUCUUACACAAGCAAUAACCCGUUAUUACAGGGAAAAGGUGUGCAAUGACACUGUUAAAUGCAGUGGAACCUGCCCUUCAUUUGACGGGUUCAUUAGGAAGUGUGAAGAUCUUGAGAAAGUAACAGUCGGCGACAUAUUUGGCAUCCAACUCAUGCAGGUCCCUCAGGUUACAGAAGAAAUUGCCCUUGCUGUUAUUGAUCUGUAUCCAACAGUAAUAUCACUUGCUCGUGCAUACUAUUUUCUUGAGGGUAAUGUUCAGGCCCAAGAGGAGAUGCUGAAGCGGCAGAGUAACAACCUGAUCAGCGAGUCUGCUAGCAGGGGCAUAUUUCAACUAAUAUGGGGUGAUUGUAAAUGAUGUUGAAUUAUUCGCUAUAUCUCUUAAGGAACAAGGAUGUGCGAAGUAUGAGAUUUACAGAAACACGGGGCUAUUCAGAUAUUCUGCAGCCUGUACAAUGUAUAUACAAUCAAAAGGCAAAAAUUUCUAAUUUACAAACAAUUAUAUGUAGUAUGGGAAUUUUGGCGCUAUUUUUUUUCGUGGCACUCAAACUAAAUUUAGUUACAAGUUA